AAUUCCAAAUCAAAUUGUCAAUGUAAAGCUUAGCAUUAAAUAAAUAUUUACCAAAUUGGCGCUAAAUCUGUUAUUGUGAUAUAGUUUUACCAUAUUAAAUGGAUGAAGCUAAUCCAUCAGGAUUAUUUUUGGUAACAUCUGGGAGUAAAGGUGAUCGCUUGCUCUUUCGAUAUCCGUUUGAUAGUGAGGGAAGUAAAGAAAAUAACUGUAAAAACAGCAAGAGAAGUCCAUAUGCUCUCUUGAAUGAUCAAAAAGAUGAUUUCUGCAUUCCUAAGGAAGACUAUUUUGAACCUGCUGAUUGUAGCUUACAGAGAUUUGAUGAUAAAGUUUUAUCAAAUCUAUUUGCUGUUAGACCAGAAUUGUGUGGGCUGAAAUUUGAACUGAAAAUUGAAAAUGUAAGAUUUAUCGGACAUCCAACUCAUUUACCUCAUGUUUCAAAUAGAGAACAAUCUACUAUAACCAUGUUCAAUGUGGUUUUUGCUCUUCGAGCUGAUGCUAGUCAUUCCAUUGUUGAUUGCUAUCAUGAUUUGAGUCAUAGGUUGUCUGUUGCUAUUAAGCAUGAAGAAUGCCGUUGCAGUUAUUUGACAUCACAAGUAAAACUUAUGCAAAAUGCUCAUGAUGAUAUAGCAUCUUUACCUGAAGAUAAUCAGGAGUCACCAUUUAAUUUAAUACUUUCAAGAAGUGAACUUGCUAAUCAUUUGAAAACAUCUUUUGAAUGCUUGAAAGAUAGUGGUACUGUCCAUUUGAAAAUCAAUGGAUGGAUAGAACUAAGCUUUUGUUUGCCUAAUAAAGUACACCGUUUACAGGAUGAAAGACUUUUAGUUGAGCCACAAUGUAUAAAGGCAUGUUUGAAGGAUUUAAAGCCAUAUCAUGGAGUAUUGCUGCUUACAGAUGCUGCAGAGUUGUUGAGUUCUCUUCCAGAAGAUUCUAAUCCUGCUCUUAUCAGAUUGAUAAGUGUCAGCAGCCCUUUGAAAAAUUUACAGCAAUUAGCAGCAGAUGCUGAUAUAAUUUUGCCUCAUGUUUUUCAACUAGUCAGUCAUCUACUUUAUUGGGGCAAAGCAACAAUUAUUUAUCCUCUGUGUGAUAGCAAUGUUUAUGUAAUAUCACCCUAUGCUCCUACUUACAUACAUUCAUUACUUGAAGCAAAAUUUGCUGAGCGUUUUCCAAAUGUCCCUUUGUUGGUAAUGCUUAGUCAGUUUUCCUUGCCUGUUUCCCUUAGCAGCUUGGAUAGUCCCAUGAAUUCAUCAUACCAACAAGCUCAGCGAGUUCAAAUGAUAAUAUGGAUGUUACAACAUCGUCUUUUGACUCAGCUUCAUACUUAUGUUUAUCUUAUGCCACCUGAACGUUCCUCAUCUUCUUUGCGAAAUGAAGAAUUCCCAGAAGAUUCAAUUCAAACUAGAAAAACAGUUGGAUCUUCAGAAAUGGGAAGCUCUUACCAAAGUGAAGAAUCACUUCUUAGUCCUUCGCAUUCUAAAGCUUCAAGUGUCUCUGAAGAAGAUUUAUCCUUGCGAGAGCAGGAUUCUAUGCGUUUAGCAAAUCUGACACCAUCUGAACAAAAUAGUAUUCUAAGAAAUGUCUCAAGCAACAGCAAAGAUGACCUAAAGAAUUUUUUUAGAUUUCAUCCGUAUUUCGAUGGGAAGCAUCACUUAGAAGAAAUUAUGUAUUGUGAAAAUAUAAGGAGAUCACAUCUUUUAUCUUUGCUUGAGAAAUUCCGCAAUAUAUUGAUAACUUGCCAAUUUGAAGAUGCAGCUGUUGCUGCUUUAAAUAAGCGAAUGUGAUACAAAUGUAGACUUCUGUGUAUAUUUUUAAAAUAAAAACUAAAUUAUUUUCAAUAUCUUAAAA